AUGCUGGGACCACGUGUUUUGCUUAGCACAGCACUUGCUGCUGCUGUCGUUUCGGCUGGAUAUUUGCCAGGCAUCUCCAGCAACACUGCUUUCCAAUACAAUGCGCGUCGACAGGCCACUAACAGCACGUCUCUAUCUUUCAAUGGCCCGUACAGUACCCGAGGCCGAGACAUUGUUGAUAGCAAUGGUGAGAAGACAACUUGGGCGGGCGUCAACUGGCCUAUGAGCGGCGAGACUAUGAUUCCUGAAGGGCUUGAAUGGGCGUCAGCGGAAGAGAUUCUAGAUGAUAUCGCGGGUGUCGGCUUCAACUAUAUCCGCAUGGGAUAUGCUAUCGAGAUGAUCGACCAGGUUUACGACAGGGACGGUGUUGAUGUCCCGCUCGAAGUUGGCCUCAUUAAUGCCCUUGGGUACGUCAACGGUACCAAAGUCACGAACGAGAUCAUCGCGAAGAACCCUGGCUGGACCGCUCAGACUACACGUUUCGAGAUUUGGAGCGAUAUUGCGCGUAUUGCUGCUACGAAGGGCAUCUUCAUUAGCCCAGAUGUGCACACAGGAAAGGCGCAGUGGUGCUGCUCGCACAUCGACGGUACUGCUUGGUUCGACGACCUCCAGUUCAACGCAACACAUUGGCGCCGCGGUCUUUCUUACGUUGCCAAUUGGGCGAAGGACCACCCAAAUGUAGUCAGCAUGUCUCUCCGCAACGAGUUGCGCGAAUCUUGGAACGUCACGGACCUAUACUACAACUGGGAUACGCUUGUAGGCAACAUGACCGCUGGAGCUGACGCAAUCCACGAGGCCAACCCCGAUAUUCUUAUCCUGUGGGGUGGCAUGCAAUACGGACAAGAUCUAUCAGCCUUGACUAGCGGCAAGAACAUUCUCACCGCCCCUUGCUACAAGUGCACAGCGAUCAGAGAUGCGGCAAGGAGGGAGCCAGUAUACUUCAACCUCGAUGACCAUCCAUGGGCCGACAAGCUCGUUUGGGAACUUCAUCUUUACAGCAUGAGCGAGGAUAUCGACACUGGCACCUGCGACAUCGUCAAGGCAAACUUUUAUCGCAACGGUUUUAAUGCCCUGGGUAUCGACGCACCAGCCGCCUGCAAUAUCACAGGUGACUGCCCGAAGGCUGUCCGCGAGACACCCGUCAUCCUGAGCGAGUUCGGCAGUGCUCAGGACGAAACCCUCUUCAACAACACUCUGCAGAACUGUCUGAAGGAAUACACCAUCGACAACGAUGUUAGCUGGAUGAUGUGGUCUAUUGCUGGUUCAUACAGAAUCAGAUCAGGAGUGCAAGGAUUUCCUGAUACCUGGGGUAUGACAAACUACAACUGGACAGGAUGGAACUACGAGCGUGGUAUCGAGGAGUUCUGGAAGCCAUGGGUCCAGGCGAUGAACACAACGAAGAUACAAUAA